CGUGCUGCGAGGGGCCGCCGCCGCAGUGCCGCCGGCCCGCGACGCCGUCUGCGCCUGUCCUAUGGGUCGUCGCGAGACUGUCGCCAUGGAUGUGUACCCGAGCGGCAACAUCUUCCAGGAGCUGAAGCUGGUCCUGGACAAGGGCUGCUUCCUCUCCUCCUGCUCGCUGGAGGAGCGCUGGCAACAGACGUGCUACGAGAUGGAGAAGUAUCUGAAGGACGAGCCGAAGCUGAAGUCGUUCAAGAAGCUGCCCAGCGAGCUGGACUCGCCGCGCAUCAAGCAGGAGGAGGCGGACGACAGCGACUACCUGUUCUCAUCGCGCGACUCGCUCGACUCGCUGAGCGUAUCGUCCGUGUCGUCGGCCAACUGGGAGACGGCCAGCAUGAAGACGGAGGAGGUGGAGUCCGAGUCGGAGAGUGACUCGGAGGAGGCGUACGGCGACUCGGGCGCCAGCGGCCGGCUGCUGGCCUCGCUGACGCCGCCCUCCAGUCCCGAGUGGGCGACGGCCGGGCCGCGGCUGGCCGGCCGCGGCACGCUGCAGGUUCGCUUCACGUCGCGCUCUGGCGGCCUCAUCUCGUGCCUGCCGGGCUUCUCGCUCAAGGCCGGCCACGGCCGCCAGCUGCGCGUCGACACGUCGCCCGACGGCAAGCGGCGGAUACACAAGUGCCUCUUCUCCGGCUGCAAGAAGGUGUACACCAAGUCGUCCCACCUCAAGGCCCACCAGCGCACCCACACAGGUGAGAAGCCGUACCGGUGCUCCUGGGAGGGCUGCGAGUGGAGGUUCGCCCGCUCCGACGAGCUGACCCGGCACUACCGCAAGCACACGGGCGCCAAGCCGUUCAAGUGUCACAGCUGCGACCGUUGCUUUUCGCGGUCGGACCACCUGGCGCUGCACAUGAAGCGCCACCAGGCCGAGCUAUGAUCGCCGGCGCCGGCGCCGUCCGGCCGGCCGGCCGCCGUCAGGGACUACACUGCCACUGUCAUUCCACCGCCGGCUGGCGGGCCCGGCCCGGGCCACACCCCGACCCGCCGCCGGCUUUUGUACGGGCCGCCAGCGAGGCACGGCGCCGGUGUGAGCUACAGCUAGUCCGCCGCGGAUGUCCGCGGACCGCCAGCACCAGUUUGUGUGUCUGUCUGCGUCUGUGUGUGUGUGUGUACGCGCUCACCGGCUCGUUAAGGUUUCGUUCGGGGACUUCAGGCUAAGCUUCUGCCAUCCGAAUUACGUGCUCCCCGCCGGGCGGCGUUGCGGCCACCGGCGAUGGCGAUGGCGAUGGCGAUGGCGAUAGUGAUGGCGGCCCGGGAGAUGGCACAUCUCCGGCCCGCAGUGAGGACUCGGAGCUGAUGCUGACGCUGGGCUGAGUGAGGCCUGAGAGGCUUCAUGGGUCCGCAACCAGUCCUAAGCCAACGCUUGUGUAACAAAAGUUGCAAAAGCACCGUCUCUAUUUCCUGAAACCUUCAGAAUGCCUGCGUUUGUGUGCAUGUACAGUGGAGAGUUAUUUCAUUUUGUGGGCACUUCAUUCUUAUGUGUAUAUUUUCCAGCAUCCAUUUCACAGUGCACGAUCAUUUUUGUCAUCCGCUAAGAGCUUAGUUAAGGAAAGCGCAACGGAUCCGUACUUUUAUGAACCCGUUCCUGGGACCCGAGUUGGCUUGACACUAAUAUCCCUUUGUGCAUUUAAAACCACAAAGACUAAAAAGUGGACGCUUGCGUGUGUGUGGCAAGUGAGUGAGUGAGUGAGUGAGUGAGUGAGUGAGUGAGUGAGUGAGUGAGUGAGUGA